AUGGCACAAAAACAAAGACCAAAGAGAAGGUUGUCUAACACUCCAAAAUUCGUGGAAGAAAAGAGUUAUUUCAAAAUGCUGCGAGAAACCAAAGAAAAAGCGGCAAAACAGGUAACAUCGACACCAACGUCAAAAACACGCGAGGGGAAUCGAUCGUUUACACACUGAAAUCCAUGUUUGCUCGCAAUAUAUACUUCCGAAAUUCAACUUGAAUGCAAAGCACGCCUAUUUGCUUCAGUAUAUGAAAAGUAAGCCCUCAGUAACUAAGUUUCAGAGAAAUAUCUUUAAAGUGAUCAUUUUUUUGAUACUAAAAAAUUGUUGCUUUUACUGUAAACGAAUAUUCCAGUAACAUUUGCAAAUUUUGAUCGAGAUAGUGGGAUCGGUAGACGAAGAACUAGUUCACUCAAUAACAGUCUCUUGAUUAACCUCUAAACGGAGCGAUAAGCAAAGCAAGAUAAGAGCUGUUGCUAUAGUUUUAAGCUCAAUUGAGAAGUCCUAAAGACUUAAAAAAAUACAUUUUUUUUAAUUAACAGAAAGCGGAGCAGCUAAGGGAAGCAGAAAAACUCGUCAGCAAGGCAUCGCCCACAUCAAGGCGACGAGGUAAAAUGUUACUUAAAACAGCGGAAAAUAUAGAGAAAGAAGCAUUGGAGGAGUUUCAGUCUACGUUUAAUGCACAUUUAACCCACCAAGCGGAAGUAACAUGCUUCGGUUACGCGGCUAGUUCUGAUACGAACUUACUUAAAGUCUAA